GACAUUUUGUUUCGUCUGAGUCGAUCUUCAAGUAGUAUGAUUGAGAGGCGUUCCAUUUUGCGUCUUACGGAUGUUUCAAGUAAGUACCGCACCGCAAGGCGUCUUUCUUCUAUCCUUCCGUGUUACUAACUAUCAAUGUUCUUUCAGGUCUUGCUGAACUAGCACACAGAGAAUACCAAGCUGGAGAUUACGAACGGGCUGAACAACAUUGUAUGCAACUAUGGCACCAGGACCCGGAAAAUACAUCUACUUUGCUACUACUCAGUUCCAUACACUUCCAGUGUCGCAGGAUGGAAAGGUCAGCCUAUUUCAGCCAGUUGGCUAUCAAACAAAACCCGCUAAUGGCAGAGGCGUAUUCCAAUCUCGGCAAUGUUUUCAAAGAGCGAGGGCAGUUGAAAGAAGCAAUUGACAACUACAGACACGCACUAAGAAUAAAACCCGAUUUUAUUGAUGGAUACAUUAAUUUGGCUGCUGCUUUAGUUGCUGCUGGCGAUAUGGAGUCUGCAGUAAACGCUUAUGCAACAGCACUGCAGUACAACCCAGAUUUAUAUUGUGUACGAAGUGAUCUGGGAAACUUACUAAAGGCACUUGGACGAUUGGAUGAGGCGAAAGUAAGGCGGCAUAUAAGUCGCCGCGGCGCGCUGCGAUUGUUUGCUUGGAUAUUAUUUUGCUAUGUUUUUUUAAAUAGCGGUCCACAUGGCCGCCGCGCUGCUUAGUAAAUCAAGCAAACUUCCCAGCUCUCCUACGGUUUUUCUAAUGAACGAGAUUUUUUCUUUCAAACAGCUAUGUGCAGUCUCCGACCGGUUGCUGUUCGUCAAUCCUACAGUCUGGACUGGUUCUGCGAACAAAUGCAUUCGUGAGUUCCCCCUUCUUCUACCCUUCGCGCGUUCCCUUAAGUGCAAGUUUUGCACUGCGCUUUAAGUUAUUUCAUCAAGUUCGGCUCAAGGGUGGUGAGUCGCUGUCUGUUGUAGGUAGUGAUUGCGCUCGCAUGCUAAGCUGUGGACCUGUCGGUUGACAGCCGCUCAGCGCCCGCGUCUUCUACUUUCUACCUAUUUUCGUUUUUGUUGUAGUCAUGCUAUCUGAAAGCGAUUGAAACCUGUCCAACAUUCGCAGUGGCUUGGAGCAACCUGGGAUGUGUGUUCAAUGCUCAAAAUGAGAUAUGGUUGGCAAUCCAUCACUUCGAAAAGGCUGUUACUUUGGAUCCUACUUUUCUGGAUGCUUACGUCAACCUUGGAAAUGUGUUAAAGGAGGCUCGUAUAUUUGACCGUGCAGUAGCAGCCUACCUAAGAGCUUUGACAUUAUCUCCAAAUAACGCUGUUGUCCACGGUAAUUUGGCCUGCGUUUACUACGAGCAAAAUCUUAUCGAUCUUGCCAUCGAUACUUACAAGAGAGCAAUUGAAUUGCAGCCCAAUUUCCCCGAUGCUUACUGUAACUUGGCCAAUGCACUCAAAGAAAAGGGAAAGGUUUCGGAGGCUGAGGAAUAUUACAACACAGCCCUGAGAUUGUGUCCUACACAUGCAGAUUCUUUAAACAACCUAGCGAACAUCAAACGUGAGCAAGGAAAAGCGGAAGAGGCAAUACGACUAUACGUUCGAGCUCUUGAGAUAUAUCCUGAAUUCGCAGUAGCUCAUUCUAAUCUCGCAAGCAUGCUUCAAUUACAAGGAAAAUUACAAGAAGCUUUGUUGCACUAUCGGGAAGCCAUUCGCAUAUCACCAACGUUUGCUGACGCUUACUCCAAUAUGGGGAACACCUUGAAAGAAUUGCAGGAUGUUCAAGGUGCGAUGCAGUGUUAUCAAAGAGCUAUUCAGAUUAAUCCUGCCUUCGCUGAUGCUCAUUCAAAUCUAGCUAGCAUUCUGAAGGACAGUGGUAACCUCGCCGAUGCUAUAACAUCCUACAAGACCGCCUUAAAAUUAAAACCUAAUUUCCCAGAUGCGUUUUGCAACCUUGCUCACUGUCUGCAAAUUGUAUGUGACUGGUCUGACUACAAGCAUAGAAUGAAGAAACUUGUUUCCAUGGUACAAGAUCAGCUGGAAUCAAAUCGCCUGCCAUCUGUACACCCUCAUCACUCCAUGUUGUACCCACUGACGCAUGACCAGCGCAAAAAGAUUGCCGGAAAACAUGCUUCGCUGUGUUUGGAAAAAGUGUCUUUGCUGCAUCAUCAACCAUUUAGAUUUAGCAAAAAAUUACCUGCUGGGCAACGUUUAAGAAUUGGAUACGUUAGCUCUGAUUUUUGCAAUCAUCCAACUAGUCACUUGAUGCAAAGUAUUCCAGGUCUGCAUGAUCGAACUAAAGUCGAGGUUUUCUGUUACUCACUCGCACCUGACGAUGGCACCAAUUUCAGGGCAAAGGUCGCGAAUGAAGCUGAACACUUUGUUGAUCUAAGUGGGAUUCAGUGUCAUGGAAAAGCUGCAGAUAAAAUCGCAAGCGAUGGUAUUCAUAUUCUUCUAAACAUGAAUGGCUAUACAAAGGGUGCACGUAAUGAAAUAUUUGCACUGAAGCCUGCACCGAUUCAAGCUAUGUGGCUAGGUUAUCCUGGCACGAGUGGUUCGACAUUUAUGGAUUAUAUCAUCACGGAUAUGGUAACAUCUCCCAUGCACUUAAGCCAUCAAUACUCUGAGAAGUUGGCAUACAUGCCCAAGACAUUUUUUAUUGGGGAUCAUCAACAGAUGUUUCCUCAUUUACGCAACCGAGUCAUUCUAGAGAGCGCUGAAGAUGCCACCGCAGGGCGCCGUGUGACAGAUAAUUCCAUCGUUGUCAGUGGUUUGGAUAUCAAACCUCUACUACAAGUUGCUUGUGUGCGCGAAGUCACUUAUGGAGGUCGCUUGGUUGAGAUUCAUGGCAGCCAACGUAAAGAGGUUUCUUACUUCACAAAGCUCACCGUGUUAACGAUCCCCUCGUUACAGCCUAUACAAAACAUGAUUCGUACAAACAGUCCGUCUUGUACAAUUAAUGGCGUAACUAUUCAUAAUGGUUUGGUGACACAGCAAACACAAUCCAAAGCUUCUGCUGGUGAGGAAGUGCCUCGUGAUCUCAUUCUUACUUCCAGGCAACACUAUGGCUUGCCAGAAGAUGCCGUCGUUUUUUGCAACUUUAAUCAGCUAUAUAAGGUUGAUCCAUCAACUAUGAGAAUGUGGGUAGAAAUUCUGAAAGGUGUCCCGAACAGUGUGUUGUGGCUGCUACGCUUUCCAGCCGCUGGCGAAGCCGGUGCACUUGCAGCGGCCUCAGAAAUGGGUCUUCAGCAGGUGAAUCGUCGAAUUUUAUUUAGCAACGUUGCGCCAAAAGAGGAACAUGUUCGGCGUGGUCAGGUUGCUGAUGUCUGUCUAGACACGCCUUUGUGCAAUGGACAUACUACUGGCAUGGACGUUCUGUGGGCUGGCUGUCCUGUAGUUACCCUUCCACUCGAAACAUUGGCAAGUCGCGUUGCGGCCAGCCAGCUUCACACGUUGGGAUGUCCUGAGCUUGUGGCUAACAGUCAGGAGGACUACGUUCGAAUCGCAACGAAGUUGGGGAACAACCGUGAAUAUCUUCAAGCAAUGCGGGCUAAGGUUUGGAAGGCAAGAGAGUCGUCUGCUCUUUUCAGCUGUCGCAGCUACACUGCUGAUAUAGAAGCCCUUUAUUUCCGAAUGUGGCAGCAGUAUGAAGCCGGCUCUAUUGAACACAUCGUAGAAUGGCCGUCAAAGUUCAAUAAGGAGAGUACUUAGUCUUGUCACCGUAAUCUACUUGCUUGUAAAUAUAUCAUUUAUUACUA